AUGACCAAAGCCGAGCAGAAGAAAGCCGUGCAGUUCACUCGCAUGUGCAAGUUCUGGCGGACGAACGAAUGCAAGAUGGGGGCGGACUGCUCCUUUGCCCACGACACGUCCGAGUUGCGCCCGAGCCCAAAGCCUUGCUUCGAGUUCUCCAAGACCGGCUCUUGCGUGCGUGGGCAGGCGUGCAGGUUCGUGCAUUCGGUGGAAAACAAGAAGAGUGGGAAAACCAAAGGUACGCCCUCGCCCAUGCUCCAGCAGCAGAAUCUGCUUGCGGAUCUCAGCGGGGCAAUGUUGGCUCCCACAAGCAUCAACACGCCGCAACCGGGCAACUUGUUGUCCCCGCCCCUGCCUUCAAUGGGAUCGCUACGCUGUCUGCGCCCACCGCCCGGACUCGAGCACUUGGGCAUGACGGCAGGUCGUGGGGAUCAUGGCUUUGGUGCCAGAGUGAAGUUGCCCGUGGACGGAGACUCCCGGCGAUCAAGUUUCAGCGAGAUCUCGUUGAGCUUGGAGCACGUCACUCUGCCCAUCCCCAAGGCAGCAGAUCUUGAUGAUGUGGCCACGCAGAGCUUGACUUCCACCAUGUGCAUGAGCGCCACGCCCUCCAGUUUCAGUGAGUCGGACGGCACCGAAGGGACAUCGUUUUGGCUUUAG